GUCACAUGAACUGUGACGUUUGUCCAAUGCGGAAGAGGAUGGACUGAUGGAGGGUCAAACAUGAAAGUUUAAUAUUUCAUGUAUUUUAAAAGUUUGAAUGAAGAUUUAAUGACCCGAACUAAACGUUGUCAGAAUGCCGCUGUUCAUUCAUAAUAAGAGAAUAGAUCGCGUCAACUCAACCACAGAACUCUUCAGCAGAUACCCACAUCUGAAGGAACAUGCAAAGCAGUUUGCGUCCAGAAGUCCAGAGCCAGUGGAUCCGAAACACCUGCUGUAUCUACAGCAGCGAGAGUUUGCAGCUGCCACACCUGCAGACAAUUCAGUCUCUGUUUUGGGGUCUGAUGAUGCCACAACAUGCCACUUAGUUGUGCUUCGACACACAGGCAGUGGAGCAACAUGUCUCGCACACUGUGAUGGUUCCAGCACAUGGACCGAAGUUCCUCUUCUAGUCAAUGCAGUCACCUCCAGAAGUAAUCUAGCGAAAGAGGGCAGACUGGAGCUGCAUCUGGUUGGGGGAUUUGAUGACGACAGGAAAACAUCUCACUCACUCAGCGUUAAUAUACUGGCUGCCUUUCAAAAACAGAGAGAAGAAAUUCACCUGGAGACGUGCUGUAUUACAGACGUGAAUGAUGUCAUCAAAGAGGGGACUCAUCGACCACUUGUGUAUGGAAUAGGUGUGAAUGUUAAAACUGGUCACGUGUUUCCAGCCUCGUUUACAUUUCGAGGUCCUGCAGAGGAGCUCCGAUCUGCACGCACCUUCUCUGGUGGACAGAUGGUUGAAGUGUAUGAUUCUAGUCGCGAGCUUGUGAAAAUCGGGCCAUGCAGGUGGACACCGAACAAUGACAUGGCCUUCUGGCUCUCGCAAGAAGAUGAAACCAUUCUACAGUACUUGUCCACUUCACCGUAUGCAGAACCUCCUCACUUCAUCCAGCACAUCAAAUCCACCAUCCAGUUCCUCCUGGAUCAUCCGACCACUGAUGGUCUGUUUCCUGGAGGUCAGCCGCAGUUUUACCGGCGGACUGAAGAGGGCGAAUGGAAGAGAAUUUAUCAACAAUAGUUGAAGUCUUAUUCAUCAUUGUAAUUCAACUGAAGGCCUUUGGAUGUCUGGUGUUUAUAGUAGAAGCUCUUUAUCUGAUCUGAAACCUGUGGUGCUGUUUCUCUUUAAGGGUGAUUUCCAACUAGUGUGAAAUAUUUGAUGAUGAUUUUAUUACCUGCUGGCCCAUAACAGUCUAUUCUGUAGACUAUUUUAUUUGUAUUUCUAUCUCAUAUUUGUUCAAUGCAGAUGUUUUCUGUUGUAAAGGGAUCAUGCAACAUGUACUCACAUGUACACAUUAUACAGUGACUCGUCGACUUCCAACACAUUUGUUUGAAAAAUUGUAAAUAUAGUAUGUUGUAAUUCUUUGCUCAUUGGUGGAGUGAAAAGAUCAUUAAAAUUAUAUUA